AUGAUCUUCCAUCAUUCGCAUACAUGCAUUCUCGGUGCGUUAUUCCUGGCAGCCGUCUGCACGGCUGAGAUCAAGUUGUAUUACACAGUGCCCAGCAUCGUUCCCCUGGAUGCCACACCUUUAGAUUCCACUCCAGUGGGAGUAUCGUUGGAGUUCUUCAUGUGGCCAUCCUACAUGACGAACGUCACGCCUUCGGUGUCUUGCAUGUCUCGCAUAUCUGAGAUUUAUGGCAAGAAAACGCCCAUCCGCAUCGGUGGCACAACCCAGGACCGCGCCACCUACGACCCAUACUUUGAUGACUACGUAUUCUAUAGGGUGGCAGAUCCUUUGAAUGCACCUGAUACCUUGAUCUACGGGCCCAAAUUUUGGGACUUGAUCAGGUUCAACCGUGGUGACGAUAAUCAAACCAACACGUAUCUCGCUGUCCAGGAGGCCAAGAAGAGGGCGCUUGAUCAUCUGUGGGCUAUUGAGCUGGGUAAUGAGCCAGAUGGUAUCGAAGCCCGAAUUCCACCUGGAUGGCUGCAGACCACUUGUCAUACUAACAUACGAGCCGUGAUAGUCUACAUCUGGGCGCACAAACCCGAUGCCGUGAGCCCAUGGAAUGCCAGCCAGGAAGGACUCGAUGCAGCCAACUGGGCUCAGGGUUUCAUUGACGUGUGGAAGUCACCACUUCCCAUUCUCACUGCCGGUUCCUAUGCUGUGGCUUAUGCUGAUAACCCCGAAUGGCCCAAUACGGACUAUCUCAUCCACACGGCUUACAACAACACCGUCAAAGCUGCGGUCAAAUACUAUUCUGGCCAUCUCUAUGCGGCGCCGCCCGGAAACAACACCUUGGCGAUAGAAAUGAACCACGCUAAAACAGUCUCCGAUCUGGCUGUCUUGGGGGAGAGGGCCUCAACUGCUGCGUCCAUCAAUUCCUCGUAUAUUCUUGGCGAGACAAAUUUCCAUCCCUACGAUGUAGACAUGGAUGCGACAUUCGGCGCUGCCAUAGCCGCACUGGACAAAUCCAUGCGGGCCGUCACCUUGGGUAUUCAACGUCUGUUCUUUCAUCAGGGAACAAUCAACCAGGCCCUCUUUAAUUGGUGGUCCGAGGCUCACAUCAAUGCACCUUACUAUGGGGGAUACUUUGCUGCCCUUGCACUAGCCGGAGGUGACCAUAUCAUCGAGUUGGACUCGGGCAACAGCUCGCACGCUCAGUAUGUCAUAUACAGCCACGGAUGCCCCAUCAAAGCCAUCCUGGUGAACACCGAUUAUUUUUCCGGUAGCGGCGUGCGAAGUUGCAGCAAAAUCACCCUCAAUGGCCUUUCGGCGGGCUCCCAGGUCAGAACUCUGCGAAUGACAGCCGCAUCAAGUGAUGUGACUACGAACGAUCCUGGAAUAUAUCCCACCAUUGGAGGUCAGCACUUUUCCAAUGUCGACUGCUCUUCUGUCGGUGACUUGAAGUACGAAAGGGGCGCCGUGCGCGGGGGUCAAGUGACGCUCACUGUCGCCGCCUCGGAAGCGCUGCUGGUAUACUUGUGA